UUAAAAAGGAUGUUCCUUCCGAUUGUUUUCAAUAUCUUUCAUCAACAUGUCUAUUGCAAUAGGAUUAGAAGAUGAUGCAGAGUACAAAAAGAUCUGUGAGAACCACAAACACUUGAUAGAAACACUACCCAAAUGCAAUGGAUGGAGGACACUACACCUUCAUAACUACAAUGGCUACUGGUUAAGCACCAAGAUCCUAAAAUCCAACCUACUUAUACAUGCCUAUUUCAAGUCACAACCCACUGACAUCUUCUUGGCCUCCUUCAUGAAGUCUGGCACCACCUGGCUUAAAGCUCUAGUGUUCUCUACCCUUAACCGCGACCGCUACACAUUCUCAAACCACCAUUUGCACAAUCACAGUCCACAUAGCAUCAUUCCGGUUAUCGACGCUGAAUCCUACCAUAUCACUGACUUCACCAACCUCUCAGCUCCUCGACUCUUCUCUACGCAUUAUCCUCUCCCUUUGUUACCAGCUUGUAUGAGUUGUGCAAAGCUAGUCUACGUUUGUAGGGACCCGAAAGACGUAUUGGUUUCCAAGUGGCUUUUCAUGAGCAAACUUAGAUCCAAAGAUCUACCUCCCCUUUCGUUUGAUGAAGCGUUUGAGCUAUUCUGCGUUGGGGCGUCAGAGUAUGGGCCAUUCUGGGAACAUGUUUUGUCGUAUUGGAGAGCUAGCUUGGAAAAUCCGGACAAGAUUUUGUUCUUGAAAUACGAGGAGAUGAAGAAAGAGCCGGAGAUGGUGGUGAGGAAGUUGGCCGCUUUCCUAGGGAAGGCGGUAACGGUGGAGGAAGAGGAGAAAGGGGUGGUGAGGGAGAUAGUUAAGUUGUGUAGCUUUGAGAAUUUGAGUAAUCUAGAGGUGAACAAGACGGGUGUCGAAAAGUUUGGCAAGGUGUUGGAUGUGGAGAAGCGAGAUUUCUUCAGAAAAGGAGUGAUUGGAGAUUGGAAAAACUAUUUGAGCGAUGAGAUGAAAGAACGUAUUGAUGGAAUCACUGAUGAGAAGUUUAAGGGUUCAGGUUUGACCUUUACAACUGUUUGAGGUCAGGAUCAUGAAAAACUAGUUAAGUUGUGUACCUAUUUGCACACUCAUUUGUUUAUUGGCACACUAAAAAGGUGUUUUUUGUCUUAUAUGCACACCCUGCAGUGUCUAGCUGUGGCCAAAGCGUGGCGUUUUGGUCUGGUCAACCAGACAAAGACUGACGGGUGUCUGACGGGUCUGUUGACCGGACCAAAACGCCGAGCUU